GGAAUUGCAGGAAUCUCGGCCGUGAAGAACUUGACUGAAGUUGGGUUCGACGUAACUGGAUUCGAGGCUUCUGAUGCCAUUGGGGGCCUCUGGCACUAUAGCGAAGAUCAAAGGACAAGCUGCUUAUCUAGUGAGCGCAUGUGGCUAAGUAUACAGUUCGGGUUUUCUGACUUUCCCUAUGCUGGCGCGUCUGAUGUUCCACUUUAUCCAACAGAAAUCCAAGCAUUUCUGGAAUCGUAUGCUCAGCAUUUCGAUAUUGUACCUCGGCUUCGCCUCAAUACAAAAGUGAUAGCCGUCAGCCGGAUUGGGGACAAGUGGCGCUUGCUUCUUACCAAUUCAGGAGGUAGAAAUGAAGAACAGAUGUUCGACAGACUGAUCAUAUGCACUGGACUGUUUCAAACCCCCAAGGAGCCUCGUGUUGAAGGGCUAGACCAAUUCAAGGGCAACAUACUAAAUACCCAUACUUACAAAAGCCCAAAGAAUCUCGACGGGAAGCGGGUAUUAAUUGUUGGUCUUGGUGCAACGGCAACAGACAUUGCCAGAGGUCUUGUAGGCAGGGCAAAUCACGUUUUCAUAUCUCACCGAAAUGGAUGCCUGAUGUUGCCCUAUGGCAAAGCAAAUGACAUAUGCUUUCCCUCUCUGCGCAAGCAGCGGGAAAACGCGAAAAGGCCAGCCUUUGAACAAGGUCGAAUUCUUCAUAAAGCAUUUAUCGACAUGCAAGAUGAAGCAUUUAACCUGAAGCCAGAGUGGGGUCUUGCUAACGCCCCUGCCAUGCCUCACAAACUGCCAAUCAUUGGGGACGAGUUUUAUGACCUUCUCGCCUCCGAAGCUGUCACCUUGGUUUCUGGGAUAAAGAGAGUCCUUGAGUCCCAUGUAGAGCUGACAGACGGAAACAAACUAGAAGUUGAUGUCAUCAUAUUUGCAAUUGGCUACAAUAAGUCGUAUUCACUGCUGGGUCCUUACGAUCCUUCCAGACAUAUGCCGCAAGCAUGGAAAGAUGCUCGAGGAUCUAUAGGACGACCUCUUCCAAGGCUUUUCCAAGGAAUAUUUUCGUUGGAUUUCCCAGACUCUCUUGCUUACUUGGAGAAUGUGGGUUGCACCCUUUCCGCUUCGAUUAACGGGGAUCUGGCAUCAAUGGCAUUGGCCCAAGUGUGGCUUGGAAACUCAAAAUUGCCUCCCGCUAGUGAGAUGGCGGACAACGCAGACAAACAGAACCAGAUGGCAAUAUCUCUGGCCCAGGACGGCGAGAUUUAUGAUCCAGCCACUGUGAAUCCAACAGAGUGGAAUAUGUGGGCCGACAGGGCGGCAGGUCUGGGAAUACAGGACAGGCUUGGUAAUGGAUGGAAAUCAUGGUGGCUAUGGUUGACAGACUAUCAUCUGUACGGGGCACUUUUGGACGGGAAAUUUGUGCCACAGGUCUACAGACUGUUCGAUGAAGGAAAGCGGAAACCAUGGAAAGGCGCUCGAAAUUCGUUGUUUAAGGCUAAUGGAAUGAACUGA